UUCGUCAUUUCACUGCCGACGCGGCGCAGCUGUUCCUGUCUCAUGCGAGUGACGGGACACCCGGCAUACUGUGGGUAUGGAGUUGCGAUGAUGUGCAGCAGACACACCUGCAUCACGUCUGCGAUUGGAGGGACCUCUGGUUUGGCGAGGAGAGGCCCUGGGGAGUGCACACGAAUGCGCCUUCCCGUCAAGAAGAUCUGGGGAAGGCGCCGACCAGAUCGCAGAUACGGAAGCUCGCAGUCUCGAAUUACUUUCACGUUCACUCGACCGCGACUCGUGGAAGCCAGACAAAGGAAAAACACCGUUUCGCGAGGUGUAUGGUGAUCGCCGUGCAAGGCCGGAGCCCACUAUUUGGUUAGCGCAGCUCAUACCGCUUGAGGCACACUCCAGUCUCCAGGGCUCGAUCGCGUGUCGACCAGGUCGCAACCCUCACCAACAUCGACUCAGAGACGACGACAUGGCGUCGGGCGAGCAUUCUUUCAUGGCGCAGCCGCUGCAGCCUCCAGCACCGUCACCUCUGGCUCCGCAGCCCAGCAACGACGCAUCGUCGCAUAGCCCGACUUCUGCGCCGAAUCUGGGCCCGAGUUUUCGUAGGCAACGCGCUUCGCGAGCAUGCGAAACGUGCCACUCGCGCAAAGUUCGAUGCGAUGCCGCCUCAUUGGGCGUCCCCUGCACCAACUGCACCGCCUUCUCCAUCGAAUGCCGCAUCCCCACCCCGAAGCGCAAGAAGAUCCAGACGUCGCGCAGCAAAGAGGCAGACGGCGCGAGCGAAGCAGGCGACAACAAUGACGCCCGCUCGCCAGCCAGCACGUCGGUCGAGCCUCGCGACAAGACGACCGUCUCCAACUCCGAGAAUGGCACGCCUGCGACCAACUUCUCGCAACAGUACGCCGCCCAGCAGGCCACCCACAAUGGCACCUACGCGCAGUUCAUGAAGCCCAAGUUUGCCCGGGCGCCGAUAAAAGAAGCCGGCCGCGUUGCAUAUCUGGGUGAAUCGUCGAACCUCUCACUGCUAGUCCAUGAUCGCUAUGGAACAACAGACGUGGUCCACUACCCGCUGCCUGAGAAUGUGCGCGGUGCCAAAGCUCGCGUGAAUGAAAUGGACAACAUGGAGAUCGAGAUCCUGCACCAAAGAGGCGCCUUCCUGCUGCCACCGAGGGCGUUGUGUGACGAACUUGUCGAAGCCUUCUUCAAGUGGGUUGCCCCAGUCGUGCCUGUGAUUAACCGCAGCCGAUUCAUGCGCCAGUACCGAGAUCCAAAGAACCCUCCGUCUUUGCUUCUGUUGCAGGCUGUUCUUCUAGCUGGCUCGAGAGUCUGCACAAACCCUCAGUUGAUGGACUCGAGCGGUUCGACCACGCCUGCUGCCAUGACCUUCUACAAGCGUGCAAAGGCCCUCUUUGACGCCAAUUUCGAAGAUGACCGAGUCACCAUCGUUCAGGCGCUGAUUCUGAUGGGCUGGUAUUGGGAAGGUCCCGAGGAUGUGACGAAAAAUGUGUUCUACUGGACUCGAGUUGCUAUCGUUGUAGCGCAAGGGUCAGGUAUGCACCGAAGCGUGGAGAGAUCACAACUAAGCCGCUCAGACAAGCGAUUAUGGAAGCGCAUUUGGUGGACACUCUACAGCCGAGAUCGUUCGGUAGCCGUUGCCCUCGGCAGACCAGUUGCGAUUGAUCCAGAGGACUCAGACGUAGAGAUGAUCUCAGAAGACGACUUCAUUGACGACGAGACAGAUCGCCCGGCGGAGCAUCCCCCAGACCCCGUCCAUGUUCAGUUCUUCAUCAACUACGUCAAGUUGAGCGAGAUUAUGGGGUUAGUUCUGUCGCAGCAGUACUCGGUGGCAUCCAAGUAUCGCAGAGCGAAUGCCAUAGAUUUGACCCACAGCGACAUGGCCCUCGCGGAUUGGCUGCAACACUGCCCGCCGGAAGUGCAGUGGGAUCGAACACGGCACCAUUUCUGGGCUGCGUUAUUGCACUCGAACUACUAUACCACGCUCUGCCUGUUACACCGCGCGCAUAUGCCACCAGCCGGAUCACCGAAGGCGAAUAACCUGGAUGGUUUUGGCGAAGAGCACGCAUACCCAUCCAGAAACAUCGCGUAUCAGGCUGCGGCUAUGAUAACAUCAAUAAUCGAAAAUCUUCGAGCGCACGAUGAGAUACGAUACACCCCAGCUUUCAUCGUGUACAGCUUGUUUUCAGCUCUCAUCAUGCACGUCUACCAGAUGAAGUCAUCCAAUAAGUCAGUUGUAUCGGCGACAGAGCAGCGCCUGCAGAUUUGUCUGGAUGCUCUGAAAGAGGUUUCUAAGGUCUGGCUUGUCGCAAAGAUGGUACACACUCUGUUUGAGUCCAUCUUGGGAAACAAAAAUCUUGAAGAGCGUCUGCAGAAGGCGGCUGGCCGGAAUCACAAGAAGAACAAGCCAUCCAGCGUACCACCUCCUCCGCCAAAGCCGGCUCAGGAAGCACCAAAGCGCAAGUUUGAAGAGAUGGACUUUGGAGGUUUCCCCACGAUCAACGGACCCCCAGCAGCUCAGGUCUCAUAUGAGCGGUCAAGACCUCAGACUCCUGCAGUCACGCCUUCACGAGAGCUGCCACCUCAGCCACAGCAAAUGCCUCAGAUGUCAGCUGGAUCGCCGCAAAUGAACCGCCACAACCAUGACACUUUUAUGGGCCCUUCACGUUCAGGCACCCGUCCGACCACACCCUUCAACCCUUCGUACUCAUACCCGGGAACGCCUCCCGAUUUCUUCCUGAUCACUCGCGACACACCCAACAUCAGUCAAGAAGUAUGGCAAAAUUUCCAGCCCGAUCAGUUGUUCCCAGCAGACACUCAAGUCAACUUCCCUCAGCCGGCGCAGUCGCUGGUCGAUCCAGCUCUGUCACAACCUCAGAAUAUAGCCAUACAACAACAAAGCAAUGACAACGUGCAGUCGCAAUCACAGCAGUCUCAACAGCAGAUGCAAAACUCUAUGAACGGCCAGUUCGACCAGAAUAAUCCACAAGCAUGGGCGCAACAAAUGGAGAUGAUGCAGCAGAACCAGCAGCAGCACGGCGCGCAAGACGAUACUUGGAGCAACAGCUCUGGCGGGAGACACAACCCUGUCGUUCCCAUGAGUCUCAAUGUAGACGACUGGUUCAACUUCUUCGGCAUCAACGGCGAGGCUGAUAUGUCGCACCUGUUUCAACACGGUCCGCCCUGAGUACCUCUGGAUGGCUUUAGUCGCUUGUGGGAUUAUGAAUGAUGUUGUAGAGGGUUGCAUAGCAUUGGCGUUGAUCUAUCGGUAUCUACAUGCAGUAGAUUUACUCAGGGUUGUUGGAAAUCAGUGCUCCUAUUCCGUCUACUUGAAAAUGUACUCUGACUUGAAUGAUAAUACUGUGGAAGGUUAGGAACACAUCAUCAGCAAGAAGAACUGGGAGAUAAACAUGAAAAUUUCUGCUGCGCUUUGCGCUUCCA